AUGAAGCUGUGCGAGUACUGCAUCACGAAUGUCCUUGAGAGCAAGGUGUCUUGGGACUAUCACAACCACUCCUACGAUGCUCUUACGCCGUCGUCAAAGUAUCGCUGCCUAUUCUGCUCGACACUUCGACAAGACAUCAGGAGGGUCGCACCGUGGUUGAGAGAGUCUGAUUAUGCAGAUGCAUGGCCGGUUUAUCGCUGGAGCAUGAGAAGCCUAGCGAGGAUACGAGAAAGCCUGGAGACAAUAGUCGUGACCUUCCGGUACGUGCCACCUAAGAAAAGGCCAGGUGGAAGUUCAAGUGAGGAGGAAGCAAACAUCGCGCUUCCAACAAGGACAUUUUUUCUUUUCCCAGACAAAGAGCUCCAGCCACUGCCGACCGCAGAGAAGCUUGGAAACACAACAAAUCCAGCUAUAAAUGGUGGCUACCAAAUCCGAUCAUGGGUCGAGAAUUGCGACAAAUCACAUACAGACUGUAUGAGACGGAGGAAGGCCACCCCCAGGACCUCACGCUUCAUACCAACCCGUUUGCUCGACAUUAGCGGCCUACCUGAAUCGCCAAUUCGAGUGAUCGAAACAGCCACAACAACCGUACAGGGUCCGUACUGUUCCCUCUCGCACUGCUGGGGAAAGCCCGAUUUUGUCCAACUGCGCGAUAACAACAGAAAGUCGUUCAUGACCGACGGCGUGCCGUGGAACCUCUUCACCAAAAAUUUCAAACAGGCAGUCGAGGUUGCUCGCUUCCUUGACGUGGGAUACAUUUGGAUCGACAGCUUAUGUAUUAUCCAAGGUAGCGCAGAAGACUGGGUGCAGGAAGCGAGCCGGAUGCAUUUGGUCUACAGGAAUAGCUAUUGUAACAUAGCGAUUGCAGACUCGGUCGGCCAGUAUGGAGGUGCUUUCCGUACACGUGAACCUACAGAUGUUUCGCCAGUAUUGUAUCAGUCCAGCCAAGACUCACCAAUGUUUGCUGGAAAGGCUUGGAGGGCUGUACCUGAGGACCUUUGGGCCCGCGAGCUACUUCAAUCAAGUCUUUACACCCGCGGAUGGGUGUUCCAAGAACGAAUGUUGUCGCCGCGAAUACUCCACUUUGCUAGGAACCAGGUGUUUUGGGAUUGUCCAUCUCUGAGUGCGUGUGAGGCGCUGCCAGCCGGCUUACCACGGUCAAUGGACAUCACGGCGGGACCUGACAGACACUGGAGAGGCAGAUUACAAGAGCCUGGAGAAAGCCGUGAUCUUGCCGGACCGAACGAUCAACCACUAUCAGUGUACUGGCAAACCGCCGUACGGAAUUACACAAGCUGUAAUUUGACACAACGCUCAGACAAGCUCAUCGCGCUGUGGGGGGUUGCAAAAUUGAUUAAGGACGCAAUGGGCGUGGAAUAUGGCGAGGGCCUCUGGGAAGACAACCUCGAAGAUCAAUUGACAUGGCGGGUCGCAGAAUGCAGACUAAAGGAGCGUCCUGUCACUGAGAAACGAAAAAUUCCCUCAUGGUCCUGGGCCUCGAUGGAUGGCGAGAUCAUAAUCGCUGACAGACUAUCCGACAAGAAACACUGGACAGUAUGUGACCACAAUGGUCGUCCCCUGGAGCUUGAUCUGGUUGGAGUCAAGCGCUACGCGCGAGUGUUGCAAUCAGCAUCUGGCGAAACAGCGCACUUUCUGCAGCAUCGUGUGCAGAGCGAUAGUGUGUUGGAGGUCAAAAGUCCGAAGCACAAUAUUCGAAAGGAGAGAUCCGGCCACCAGAGUGGAGAUCAUGUCGGCAAAGAAAAACUCCUCAAGGUCGUCGAUGAGAACGCCGAGCCGAUCCUUCACAAUGCCUCGAUUGCGAUCCAAGGACAUGUUGGUUGCGGAAUGCUUGAAUUUGAUGAGGUCAAGAAAGUCUGGCUCCUUCAUCUUCACGACGCAAGCGAUCUCGACAUCGAGGCCUAUCCAGACACAAUACCGGGCUCUAGAGGACUACAGCACCACUCCAGGUUUGUGGUGUUAUCAGCCAAGAAGGUAGUCCAACCAAAAUCAGAGGUGGCUAGCCCUCUAUUUGAGACACGCCAUCUCAGCGAAGACGCCGAGAUUGAAGGACGCGGCAUUCUCUUGAGAGCUGUUGGGGAAAAUGACAAAGAAUAUCAUUUUCAAAGAACUGGGGCCUUCCGCUUCCGUGUCGCAAACGAACAAACGUUCCGUCUACUCUUGGUUUCGGCUGGUGGGCAGAACCUCCCCCCCAAAAAGUACAACGCUGGAAGGGGGUUGAAGUUUUGGCUGGACUGA